AUGAAGGGUUGUUGUGGCGAUACUGGUAUUGGGAACUUUCUCGUUCCUAGACUUCAUCUUAGGAAUAUUAGUAAACACCGCCGUGCCGAUGGUGAUUUCGACAAUGGAGGUUGUUGGUCUAAUCAUUCCGCAAGAAAUGAUGGCUACAUCAACGGGAAUAUAGAAUCAAGAUCUUAUCUUGAAAAGAAGCUUGUAUUUUGUUUUGGUUCAUAUGUUGCAUCCCAAAUGUUAUUUCCUUUUGGGGAAGAAAACUUACUGUCUUCAUCUGAGAUACAGCAAGCACAAGAGAUAGCUACGCGAAUGGUCAUUCAAUAUGGAUGGGGACUGGAUGAUAGUCCUGCAAUUUAUUACAGUAAUAACGCGGUUUCUACAUUAAGCAUGGCAGGUGACCAUGAAUAUGUGAUGGCCGCUAAAGUUGAAAAGAUGUUUGAUUUGGCAUAUCUCAAAGCAAGAGAAAUGCUGCAGAGAAAUCGCCGGGUACUAGAAAAGACUGUAGAGGAAUUACUUGAAUUUGAAAUUUUGACUGGAAAGGGUUUGGAAAGAAUUACCAAAGAUAAUGGUGGAAUCAAGGAGAAGGAGCCGUUUACUCUUUUUGAAGUUCAAGCUAGUGAGCCAACAUCCGGCAGCCUCCUUGAAAGAGGAAACACAUCAGGAGGUGCUUUGCUAGCAUCCUAG